AUGCCACAGCAGGCUACAUUAACUUUCCAAAUUUUCAGAUUAAUAAAAUGGUGGAAUAAUAAAUUCCCCAUAGAAUGGAUAGAUGCUAUAAGAAUAUUCAAGAUGACAGUUAAUUCUACUUUAGCUUUUAUAUUCUGUCUCUUAGUUAAGGUAAGAGCGCAUAUGGGUACAGAUCCAGCAAUGAUGCCUCUAAUUGCUGUCAUUGUACAUCCAGGUAGGCGUGUUAGUGGUAAUGUGCAUGCAGUCGUGUAUUCUAUUGCAGGACUACUUUUAGGUUUAUCGUGGUCUCUAUUGGGACGAUUCUUGGGACAAAAAUGUUUAGAGCCAUAUUGGAGAACAAUGACUGAAGCUGAAUUGUAUGAGAACCAUUUUGUGAGAUAUCAGUCAGCUUUAGGUAUAUUGGCACUGUUUUAUGUUAUUACAUUAUUUUUCCAUGGUUGGAUGAGAUCUGUUAAUACUAGUUAUUUUGGAAUUGUUUUCCCCUAUUUUGUGGUUAUUCAUUUUGCAUUUAUGACACCCAUUACUGUCAAGCAUGCUGUUAUUGCAGAGGCUUACUCCACCCCAUUUUAUCUUGGUCUAGCGAUUAGUUUAUUUCUAUGUUUGGUUGUAUUUCCAGAAUUUGGUAGUAGCCAUUUAGGUAACUCAAUCGUUGAUACUUUAAAUAAUUUUCAUAACUUGAUUGAUCAUUCUGUUAGUUUCUUUAUUUCAGAAGAAAAUAGGCUACAAGAAAACCGGUUGUAUUCAAAAUCGCCUAACUCAUUGGGUAAAUUGUGUAAAUUAAAGACAGUUAUGGCUAAUAAAGUUUCCAAUUGUAAAUUGGUUUUUAAUGAGUCCUUAUAUGAAAUAACAUACUCUUACGUAGCACCUGAUAAACUAAAAAAUGUUAUUGAUAAUGUAAAACCUCUAUUAGUUUAUGUGAAUGGUUUAGUUGAUGCAUGUGAAUUGAAAUUCAGUUUACUUAAAAAGAAUAAAAAAAAGAGUAACUCGUCUACAAAUAAUAUUUCAACCAAUUAUGAAGUUAAUGGUGAAAGUUUGGUUCGAGAAUCUUCGUCGGAAAGUACAUCGGCCAUGAAUUUAAAGCUGGACUUUGAUUAUGAUAUUAGAUAUGGGGAUGCUCAAAUUUUAUCGACGAUCCUGCAUAAGGUACGGCCCUCAGUAUUUGGUAUUCAUUGUAUAUUGAGUGAAUGUAUCUAUCAUGUAAAACUAUCGCUCGCUUAUAUUUAUGAUGUCAAUUUGAGAAAAGUUACUCCUUGUUCUAUGUUCGAAGAUCAUCAUUUUAAAACAUAUGAGAAUAAGAAACAAGUACGUGAAGAAAUUGAUUUAAAAUAUGAUACACAUCGUUUACAAGAAGCUUUAAUAGAUUAUAGUUUUAUCAUCAGAGAAAAUUUAGAUGGUUUAGAUAUUAACUUCCUGGAGCCAGAUGAUGAAAUGUUUUUAUUUUCAUCAUUCCUAGUGAAUUUUAGACAAACAGCUGAAUCAAUCUUAAGGGUCUUGAGAACUGUAGAUGAAUUGAUAGAGUUUAGAAAAAAACAAGACGCUAAAGGUUGGAUUCGUGGUAAAAGAAUUUGGUUUAACUUUUUAAGAAGUUAUAAAACCUUAAAAGCUUGGAUUUUCACAUCAUAUUCUAGAGGGACUACAGUAACCGAAGGUGAUACAUUUCGAGGUGCAAUAGGGGAAGAUAAUUUAAUAGCAAGCAAUAAUGUCGCUACUCAAAUCCCUUUUGAAGAGGAGAAUGUAAUUAAUAAUAUACGUGGUGAUGCAAAUGAUUCAUCUGCUACUAUACAUAAUAAAACAGGUAAAGCAGAAAGCAGUAAGGACUCAGCAAAUAAUGAACAGCCAUUUGAAUUGACCACCGAUAAUUCAAACUUGGUUUUUAAUAAUAAAGAAUAUCAACAAGAAUUAACUAUUAUUUCUAAAUGUAUGAUAACAUGCAAAAAUUUUUGCAUUCGUUCAAGGAAUCAUUUUCGAUUUGGUUUUCAAAUUGUGAUAGCAAUGAUGAUAUGUUCGUUUCCAAUGUUUACUCCAAAAUAUAGAGCAUGGUAUAGAAAUUAUCAUGGCCCAUGGAUGGGCUUUGUGUGUAUUUUAUCGAUGGAACCAUCUGUUGGUGAUACUCUGUCUGUUUUUAUUUUACGUGGUAUAGGGGUGUUUACAGGCUCUCUUUGGGCUUAUGUUUCAUAUGUUACAGCAGGUGGACAUCAGCGUGAUCCUUAUUUGGAAACAGUAAUGACGUGUUUCGGUGUAAUACCUGGCUACUAUGUAAUUUUAAAAACCCCAUAUGUUAAAGCUGCACUUAUCCAUACAAUUAGUGUUUAUAUUGUUAUGUUGGCUGCCAUUUUACCAUCAACUAUUCCAGGAGGUAUUUUAAGAAAUUUCGCGAAAAGAUGUUUGGCUAUUGGUUACGGUGGGGCAAUUGGACUAUUUAUCCAGUAUACUAUCUUUCCAUUGAGAGCUAGAGAACAAGUCAGUGCAGAAAUCUCUUAUGUCUGUGGGUGUAUUGCAAAGAUGGAACUAUUAUAUGUAAGUUCGAUUGAGGGAAUACCAGAAUCAGCCACCUUUUCAGAUGCAAAAUUCCAAAAAUUUAUUAAGAUAUCACGAAGUGCAAAAUCAGCACUAGCAAGAGCUACCACUUAUAAAAAUUUAGCAAAACAAGAAUUUAGAAUAAAAGGGGGUUAUUCAUCUAUUGAGAAAGUGUUUACACAAAUAAUCUUUAUCUUAGAUCAUAUUUUAGACAGAAUGAAUAACACAGCUCUUUUGAGAUGCACUUAUGGUGAUAGUAUUAUAGAAGAAUUUGAAGAUGUUAUCCAUCCUUACAGAAGAGAUGCAGCAGCAAGUGUGGCAUGUGUAAUGAGGAUUCUUCAAAUGACAAUUAAAAAUAAAACCCCUCUACCUCAAAACCUGCCAAGCUCCAGGAUUAAGCACAGGAGGUUGGUCAACUCGGUGCGUAGCAUUUUGGCAAAUAGAUAUAAAUCUGAAUUAAGCUUAAUGAGAAAGAAUUCGAUUAGAAGGCAAAGUCAACUGCAAAAUUUGAAGCAUCCACAUGAAUAUUAUUUAAAGGAAAAGUUUUUAAGUUGGAAUGCAACAAGUUCCGCUACUGAAGAAAUCAUUGCAUAUAUAGAAGAAUUAACAUAUUUGACAAAAGUAUUAGUGGGUGUCAAUGAAUUUAAGUAUGGUUUUUUAUCACGUCCGUUGUAUGAAGACUGGGCGGCAGAAGCUGUUCAAAAUUUUGAUAACUUUGUAGAGAAUCUUAGAACAGCAGAUAGUGGCAAUGCUUCGUCUAUUGAAGAUGAUAGAUCAACAGCUGUAGUUGCAUCACAUUCUAUUCAUAAUGUAGAGCCAGUAUCUGUGGAAUCUAGUGGAUCAAGCUUGCAAUCAAGUGUACAAUCACCCUUAUCUGAUGGUGGUAGUUUUUCAUUAGAGACUUCGCUUAAUGUAAGGGAAGAGCCUCAACAGUAUUUGGGUAAUGAUACUGAUAUAGAAGAAAAUCUAGAUGAACCUAUUAAUAAUAAUGGCAGGAACGAUAGCUCUACUCCAAAGUCUCAUCGAUUUAAUUUAAAUCGUAUAUCGACAAAUAAAUUACGGUUAUAUGGUACCGAUGAUGAAGACCACAACACAUUUCGUAGAAGAGUGUUUUCAAUUGGUUCGUUUAGUGAAGAUACUUCGUUACCUUUUGCAGCAUUAUUGAGGCGUAAGACAUAUCAAAGUAUGAAUGAUACAACCGGAGAUGAUAAUGAAGAUAGCUCAGAUUCAAUGACAGACAUUCCAUUAGCAUUAAUGAAACUUAUGACAAAUAAAAAUGAAAAGCAUUUAUAA